GUUCUCUGGACCUUUCGCUUUCCUCCUUCAUUGGAGCAGCUAAGCCUGACUUAAAGCCAACUCAGCUGGUGGUCGUGGAAGAGAAGUUGGGGAAAGUCGGUGUGACGAAUGUGCAAGAGCUGGCACACGCCCUGCGAGGCAGAAAUGAAAGGAGUUUGAACAAUCGCCUUCGGGCAGUUGGCGAGAAAUGCUUCACAUCAGAAACUCUCAGUGCACUCCGGCAACGUGUACGUGAGGAGCCAUCUUUGCGUCGCACUAGACGGCAGCCGAGUGACAGCUCGAGGGGCGAAGGUUUGGCCGGUGGAGAAUCGGAUUUCAAGAGAAGUGGAGCGAUGCCAACAUCCAAAGAGGGAAUGCUCCAAUCCUUGGAAGACCUCGGCCUCGAGGUCUCGAGAUGUCAAGUGCGGGAAAUGCGCGCAAUGCUGUUGGAGGCACGGCGACUGUCUUCACUGCAGCGGCCAGAUCUUGCAGCCGAGGUGCGUGGACGGCUUGGCCGGAAUCCGGAGCGAUCCACAAGCUCGGAAGAAUUGAUCAGGCAGCUACUGGAAGCUUCGUUUCCGGAUGCGCUCGAGCCACGUGCUACGGCGGAGUUCGAGAGAAGCAAAAGUGACGAGGAGGAUUGCUUCACUUUCGAGAUCCUUACGCCGAGCCCGGAAGCGCUCUCGUUGUCUACGCUCUUUCUGAAUUCAGAG